AUGAAGAAGAAGGGCGGAGUGACAGACGCUACUCAUCGCCAGGUGGCUCUGACAGCGAGGGACACCCUGACCCUGGCACUGGAGGGUGACAAGGUGACGGAUGUGACACAGCUGGGCGAACACAAGAUCGUGCUCACCUACCGCCUGGGGGAGGAGUUUGUGGAGGACACGGCCGGCCGCAAGAGGAAGAGCACCGUUACACAGAGGGGGGCCGACACGUUGGUCAAGGUCGAGAAGUACGAGGACGGCAAGAUCGUCACCAUAGAAAAGACCUUCAGCGCCGACAAGAUGGUCGCGGUGAGUCCAAACACAAUACUCUCGUUCUCAGCACGCUAA